UUUGCAGCCAGUGCGCAGUGUGAGAGUGUGAGGUUCGCCAGACGUAUUCGACUGCAAACACAUCAUGAAAUUCUUACUUCUCGUAGCAAUCUUUUCACCGGUGCCGGUGUUGUGCUGUGAUCUGCUAACAGAGUAUGAGAACGGCGGUAAAUGCUGUAAAAAGUGUCCACCAGGGAAAAGGAUGCGAGUGGAGGAUGUCAGUUGUUUAGAUCCAGUUUGUCUGGACUGUGCAGAUGGGGAAUACCAAGACACAUACACCAAAGAAACCAAAUGCAAACGUCAGCCAGACUGCGACCCAAAUUUGAAUUUUAAGGUUCCAUUCCUUCGGAGUAAGAUAGAAGAAGUGUCCUGCAUCUGUAAAGAGGGCUAUCACUGUUCUAGCAAAGUCUGUGACACCUGUGUUAUCAAUUCAGACUGUGAACCAGGACAAAGAGUUCUCCAGCAAGCUACUCGGUUCGAUAACACUAAGUGCACAGCCUGUGAGGAAGGAACAUUCUCCCCAACAAGAUCACUCAGCACUGUGUGUCAGGAGUGGACAAAAUGUCAACAUGGAGUCCUUGCAGAAGGCAAUUCAACAUCAGACAUAAAAUGCAAAGAGGAAAAUAUUCAUGAAGGAUUAAUAGUAUUGACUGUUUUGUUGAUCCUGGGGUUAAUCGGCGUACUCAUCUGGUUCGGAGUAAAGAAAGGUAACUGCUGUCCGUCUCUGAAAGAGAAGCAGGACGUGUUUCUGAAGACAUUUCGUGUACUUCUGAAACAGUGUACAGGGGAUUAUAUCGAGCAACAAGAGGAAGACAAAAUUGAUGAAGAAAAACAACUACAUCAACCACAGGAGAACACUGAGAACACUGAGGCUUGUCCAGAAGAGUCCAAAACAGAAAACGGGAUGAUUGUAGCACAGGAGCGUGGUAAAGGAUCUAUAGUGGCACAGCCGGAGACUGCUUACUCUGAUGCCAGCGAAAAGGACUUUUCAUGUUGACUGUGACUGCACUGCCACCUGCUGGGCAUCAUCUAUAACUUCAUUAUUUCAUUGGCGGUAGCCGGAGAGGCGUCCUGGAAUCAAUGUUAUUGAGCAUGCGUUAGUUUCCCCUGACCGGAACCACCGCUGAUGUUGUUGAAGAAGGCUUUGUAAAUAUCUGUAGAAAGAACCACUGCAGAAAGAACCACAGGUCGAGUACAGAAUUGUAAGAAAGAAAGAAAAAGCGAAAUAAGUAUGAUAUCCCAAGCUGCGUUUUCACACAUUUCUGUUUGAGGUUUCUGUGUGCAAAUUGUGCAGGCUAAUACACUGAAUGAAGUAAGAAGUAACACUGCGGAAAUUCCUUUUUUUUCUUUUUCUUUUUUUUUCAAAAUGACACAAGACAGAAACUAACAUCCACUUUACACCAAACCCACAGACACUUAAUCUUAAAUUUCACAACAGGCCCAAGGGAUCAGACGAGGAAUUCUGAGGAACUCGAGGGAAAGUUGGGUACCAGAGCAUUUAUUGAAUGUUGAAUUGUCAUAUGUUAAUAGGAAUAACACCUCUCUGUUUCCCUGCUGAAUUCUUGUUUGUUUUCGUGUCAUAUUAAAUCACUUAGGAGGUGUCGCAGCUGCCAUUCCAUGUUUUACCAUGUUUCAUAAUGUUUAAGCACUAAAUCUAUUAAUAUUAUGAACAGUGAUUUUUUUUACUCUGGUUAUUGUUGUUCUCCGAUCUGUCUGUGUUAAUUGUACUAUAUGAAAACAUUUUGUAUA